AUGCAAUUUCGAAUUAAUAACAGAGGACCAGAAUUAAGUGAUUAUACAGAAAUGCUUAAUGAACAUGUGUCUCAACUAAACCAAAAAACAAAAGAAAAAGGAAGAGAAAUCGAUGAACUAAAAAGACAGUUAAUAGAAAGAGAUAGAGAAUACAAAAAGGAGAUGAACCAGUUACUGGAAAAUAUUCAACAAAUCAACAUUACAGGAAGAAGAAAUAAAUUGGUAAACUUCGAUGAUGAAGAAAUAGAUAAUCGAUAUAAUAAUAAAAAUUAUAAUUAUAAUGAAGAUAGGAGCAGAAGUUAUAAUAGAGAAACAAAUUACCGAGUACGACAACGUGAAUACAGAGACCAAAGUCCAUAUCCAGGAAGAACAGAUCACGAAGGCAGGAACAAUUAUAGGGAAAAAAGUCCUUAUUCCGAUAGGUACAACAACUAUAAGCUCAGAGAAAGUAGUAGAGAUAGAUACAAUAACAAUAAAUAUAGAUAUAACAGUAGAGAAAUGAGCAAUAAUAGAGAUAGGUCUGACUCAAGAAAUAGAGAAAACUCCUACGACAGAUCCAGAGAUAAAAAUAGUUAUAACAACAGAAAUAGUGAAAAUGACACAAAUAUGAAACAGUAUAGUAGGGAAAACAGCAGAGAAAGAUAUUCAAGAUCCACGACGCCGGAAGGAGUUAAUGGAAGAGGAAAAAUAACAUGCUACAAAUGCAAUGGUAAAGGACACUAUGCUAACAAUUGCAAUUUUUCAAAAAACGAAUAG